AUGCUCCUGGCCUAUAACAAUGUCAUGCAGCGGUGCCAAGAAUGGAACGGACACGGAAUGUUUACUGCAGAAAAGCUGCAGGCCGCAAUCGAAGAAAUCACAUUCUGCAACAUGGAUCUCCAGAAGCCCCCGAUCAUCUGCUCCGGGGCCAGUAUUACAUCUCUCCCGGCAAUCGAGGCCCCCGAUCGUCGCCCUAGCGCGACGUGCGAUACUCCCCUCAGCAUGCAUGAAGCCUGGUUUCCAACUUUCGAGAAGGUUAAACUGUGCGCCGAUGCUAAGCACUUUUACGCAAUUGCUUGUGGCGGAAGCCUGGUGGAUGAAGGAUUAUUGCGUGCCAUUGCAGAUGCCGGCAACGAUGUCCUGAUUGGCGACUACUCUGAAGCUGCCACUUCUGAAACUCUCCGAUUAAUGCAACGGACUGGCUCGGCUGCCGUCGCAUUCCUCAAGGCCUGCAAUCUCGGAGGGAGAAUUAGCAAUUGGCAAUUGGAGAUACUCGUGGCAUCUCACAUCCAUUUCCGAGUCUUGGGAUAUUAUCGCAACCACGCCGUGUCCAAGCUGCCAACAGGGUUAUACGGCAGCCGGAUGACAGGUUUGAUAAAGCAUCGACACGUUGACAUUGCCAAUACAGUCGGUAUAGUGGCUGCUUCCCUUGCGACAGGGCAGCAAAUAGACGAAGCCGAGUACAUAAAGCUCUCACACGCAACCACCUUGAUCAAUGACCUCGUCGACCUGCGAGGUGACAUAAUGCGCAAGCAAAGGGAGAAUCCAGUUAUCCGCGGUGUCAGGGGGUCCACUUGUCAGUACCUGAGCAACCAAACGCUGGAUUGCUUGACCAGCGUCAGGGAGCUCAUUCAGUCAAAGCAAAUCCUUGCAAUGGUGGCCAUGGGAUUCUGUAAUUGGGCCGUCAUGAGUUCACACCACAAAAUAUACGAGCUCGUUCAUGGUGUCACUGAGAGAACAGAACCUCACACAUGCAAGUAUGACGGAAUUGAGGAGCAGUAUGGCUUGUUGAUCCAGGCUCUAGAGCCAUUCGGAUCGUUGGGCCCCGGUCGGCCUCGCUGGGAAAUGAAGCGCAUGGAUCUCGACAAGCUCUAUAGCGUUUACCGUCAGUCUCCAGAAACGCACAUUCCGUGGUUGGCCGAUAUGGUUAGGCUUUUGCUGGAACCUUCGACCUUUCGGAAAAUUGUGGACGUGGUCCAUUUCCCUUGGAAGGGUGACAUCGGCCAGGUAGACUACUGUCCUUGA